CACGUGACGAGAAACUUCACACGUGUGCAACUCCUAGCCCCAAAAUUUGAUUAGCACAGCACCAGCACAAUCACCACCACCACCAGUAUCACAUUCACCAUCUUCUCUCUUAUCUCUCCGUUACUUUUUUUAUUUACUCUCUCUCUCUCUCUCUCUCUUCCCCGUUACUUUUUUUUUCUUCCCCGUUUCGUUCUCCGUCAAAGUCUUCUCUCUCUGCCAUUUUCUCCACUGUAAUUUCCCUUUUUACCCCUAAACCCAUCGUUCCCGUGACUCGACGGCCACGAAGAAGAGGGAUAAAAUUGAGAACGAUUAAACAGGCGAUUGAUUUCUCCACCGCUCAAAAAUGGCGACGGCGACAUCGGAACGAGUCGAGUUAGCCAAGCACUGCAGUUCACGGAACUGGUCUAAAGCGAUCCGAGUUCUCGAUUCGCUCCUUGCUAAGCAGUCUUCAAUUUUGGAUAUAUGCAAUAGAGCGUUUUGUUAUAAUCAAUUGGAGCUUCACAAGCAUGUGAUUAAGGACUGUGACAAGGCACUUCUGCUUGAACCUUGUGCCAUUCAAGCUUUUAUUCUCAAAGGACGCGCUCUUUUGGCUUUGGGGAGAAAACAGGAAGCUGUUCUUGUUUUGGAGCAAGGAUAUAAAAAUGCUUUGCAGCAGACAGCAGAUGUGAAGCAGUUACUUGAAUUAGAAGAACUCCUCACAGAUGCAAGACGAGAAAUUGACGCCACCGAGUCUCGGCAAGAGACCCCUGCCUCUCAUAGUGAGAAGUCUGAUGAAAAAACUGACAAGCUGGACAACCAUGAAUCAGGAGCAUGUAGCAAUGGGAACUCCCAUGACCACGAGGCAUCUAGGGAAUUGGGUGAGAAAUCAAAGAUUAUAAGCUUUUCAAAAGAUACAUCCAAGGCAAGCAAGCAAUCUGAUGGUAGUUCCGACUUAUGUAAUGGAUCAGCGUACAAGGAAAAAGAGAAUGGAAAGUGUGGCAGCCAAAUCAAUGGUUCUUAUGAAUCAUGUAAACCAUGUAAUGGUUCUGAUUUGCAUGAUAAUUUAGCUGAAAGUUCCGAUCGGUUAGGGGACCUGUCGAUUAAUGGAAACAAGUUAAUUAUUAAGUCUAGCAAAAUGAGCCAUAAAGCUGAGGCACGUUGCGAUGAAACCAGGAAAAAUAAGAAGUACACCAUAGCAAGAAUAUCAGGAACCCAUUCUAUAAGUGUGGAUUUUCGACUUUCUAGAGGCAUUGCACAGGUGAAUGAAGGAAACUAUAUGAAAGCUAUUUCUAUUUUUGAUAAGGUGCUGAAAGAAGAACCUACUUACCCUGAGGCACUUAUAGGAAGAGGAACAGCUUAUGCAUUCCAACGAGAGCUUGAAAGCGCUAUCGCUGAUUUUACUAAGGCUAUCCAAUCUAACCCAGCAGCAACUGAGGCCUGGAAGCGGAGAGGACAGGCUCGUGCUGCUCUUGGGGAAUAUGUUGAGGCGGUUGAAGAUUUGACUAAAGCACUUGUUUUUGAGCCAAACUCACCUGAUGUAUUGCACGAAAGGGGUAUUGUUAAUUUCAAAUCUAAGGACUUCACUGCUGCUGUAAAGGACCUGUCUAUAUGUCUGAAGCAAGAGAAAGAUAACAAGUCUGCAUAUACUUAUUUGGGACUAGCAUUUGCUUCUCUUGGUGAAUAUAAAAAAGCUGAAGAGGCGCAUUUGAAGUCCAUCCAACUGGAUAGUAAUUAUCUUGAAGCAUGGCUUCAUCUCGCCCAGUUCUAUCAAGAGUUGGCCGACCACUGCAAGGCUUUGGAAUGCAUUGAGCAGGUUCUACAGGUCGACAACAGGGUUUGGAAGGCCUAUCACUUGCGUGGACUAGUGUUCCAUGGAUUAGGUGAACACAGGAAGGCUAUCCAAGAAUUAUCUAUUGGCUUGAGCAUUGAGAACACGAUAGAGUGCUUGUACCUACGAGGUUCCUGCUAUCAUGCCAUAGGAGAGUAUAGAGAUGCGGUGAAGGACUAUGAUGCUACAGUUGACGUGGAACUUGAUGCAGUGGAGAAAUUUGUUCUUCAAUGCUUGGCGUUUUAUCAGAAGGAGCUUGCCUUGUAUACAGCUUCCAAAGUUAGUAGUGAGUUUUUAUGCUUUGAUAUUGAUGGUGACAUAGACCCUAUGUUCAAGGAGUACUGGUGCAAAAGAUUACACCCAAAAAAUGUAUGUGAAAAGGUUUACAGGCAACCUCCCCUACGUGAAUCACUUAAGAAGGGUAAACUGAAAAAGCAAGAUCUUGCAAUAACCAAACAGAAGGCGAAUGUUCUUCGUUUUGCUGAUUUAAUAGGCAAGAGGAUCCAAUAUGAUUGUCCUGGAUUCUUACCAAACAAACGCCAGCACCGUAUGGCAGGAUUGGCUGUGAUAGAGAUUGCUCAAAAAGUUUCCAAAGCUUGGCGCAUCGAGUGGAGGAAUUCAACCAAAGGCACCACAAAAAGUGGAAAGAAAAACCGGAGGAGAGAGAGAACCAACAUACUUAGCCAGAAUAGAGGUGGUGCUGGGUGUAGUAGUAACAGUUUCAGUGAAACUUCAACUGGAUAUGCCUCACUAGAAGAUAGAUCAUCUGGCCGCUCUAUGUUGUCUUGGCAAGACGUUUAUUCCCCUGCUGUCAAAUGGAGACAAAUUUCAGAGCCUUGUGACCCAGUUGUCUGGGUUAACAAACUAAGUGAAGAGUUUAAUUCUGGGUUUGGUUCUCAUACACCAAUGGUACUCGGACAAGCUAAAGUAGUACGCUAUUUCCCAAAUUAUGAAAGAACCCUGACUCUUGCAAAGAGCAUCAUCAAGGAUAAACUCUCUGUACGCAGCAAGAAAGAUAAAGUUAUUGAUCUUUCUAAAGACGAGAAGAUAGAAAAAAUAAUGCGUGCUGAAACGUGUGAUGAGCUACACAAAAUUGUUGGUGAGGAUUUCUGGGUGGCUACUUGGUGCGACAGUACCGGAUCUGAAGGGAAACGCCUCGAAGGAACUAGAAUCACCUGCAUUCAAAAACCGGGAAGGCUCGGGUAUGAUUUUUCAAUUCGAACUCCAUGUACACCUGCAAGGUGGAGCGACUUUGAUGAAGAAAUGACCUCAGCUUGGGAGGCUUUAUGCAAUGCCUAUUGUGGAGAGAACUAUGGUUCCACCGAGCUGGACGCUUUAGAAACCGUUAGAGACGCUAUCUUACGCAUGACGUAUUACUGGUACAAUUUUAUGCCAUUAGCUCGAGGGACUGCUGUAACGGGAUUUGUAGUAUUACUUGGACUUCUGCUUGCUGCUAAUAUGGAGUUCACUGAGACUAUCCCGAAAGGGUUACAGAUCGAUUGGGAAGCUAUACUUAAUGUUGAGCCGGAUUCCUUUGUUGAUUCGGUUAAGUCUUGGUUAUACCCGUCCCUGAAAAUCAACACGUCGUGGAGAGAUCAUCCGGAUAUUUCCUCGGCUUUUUCGACAACAGGAGCGGUUGUUGCGGCGCUUAGCUCUUACAACGAUUGAGUUUCAAAUCUCUCUGUCUCUCCCUCUCUCUCUCUCUGCUCACAAUCUUUCAUAAGAGGUGAAGAAAACUAACCAAACCAUGAGCAGUAAGAAAACUUGUGUUUCCGUCAAACAUCUUCAGCUUAUGAUAUGUUUUUGUCUAAAAAGUAAAAACAAAAACAAAAAAAAAGCUUUGUUAGGGUUUUUAAAUGAUCUUUAACUCUCAUGUUUAACUUUAUUUUACAGAUUUAAUAAUGUAUCUAAAUAUGAUUCUCUCUCGGAGCUUAUGAUUUACAAA